AUGAAAUACGUACCACGAAGGAUUAAAGACAAAUAUGAAAUCCUUGGUAUUAUCGGGGAAGGUGCAUACGGUGUUGUUCUUAAAGCUCGAAAAAAAGAUGAAAAUACUCUUGUUGCUAUAAAAUAUUUUAAACAAACUCCUGGAUAUCAAACUGAUACAGAUGUGAUUGAUCGCGAAUUGACAAUUCUUCGGUCACUACGAUUUGAAAAUGUGGUUGAACUCAUUGAAUGGUUCCGUGAUAAGAAACGAUGUUGUCUUGUAUUCGAAUAUGUCGAAUGGAAUAUGUUACAAGUUUUACAACAACAUCCUGAAGGUCUACCAUUAGAACAAGUACGUCGAUUGUCAUAUCAAUUAUUUAGUGCUAUCAAUUGGUGUCAUAUACAUGAAAUAAUUCAUCGUGAUAUUAAACCAGAAAAUUUACUUAUAUCAAAAAAUUUAAUUUUAAAAUUAUGUGAUUUUGGAUUUGCACGAUUUUGCAAUGCAAAAACAUUGACUGAUCAUUAUACUGAUUACGUUGCAACACGAUGGUAUCGAUCUCCAGAAUUACUAAUCGGUUCACCAUAUGGUAAAUCAGCAGAUGUAUGGGCGUGUGGAUGUAUCAUGGCAGAACUGAAAACUGGUCAAGCAUUAUUCGCGGGUGAAAAUGAUAUCGAUCAAUUAUAUCGUAUUCAACAAUGCUUAGGAUCAUUACCAGUGAAAUAUAUAUUUACUAUGAACACAAAUCCAAAAUUUCAAGGCUUGAGAUUUCCUCCUAUUCAUCAUUUAGUAACAUUAGAAGAACGCUUUGCUCAUAUAUUUCCAUCGGAAAUGUUGCAUUUAUUCAAAAAUACUUUACGUUUGUAUGCUGGUGAUCGAUUAACCGCAGAGAAAUGCAUUCAACAUGAAGCUUUUACAUAUCUAUAUCAAACAUCUUCGAAACGACAAUCUUAUCAAUCAAAAAAUACUCAUGUUCCAGUUACUGCAUCUCAAUAUAAUAUUGAUUAUAAUAAUACAAUGCCUGUGUUGGCAUCAUCAUUCAUUGACAAUCAUUUAAAUAAAUCGCAUAAUGACAAUAGUGAAACGCAUAGCCGACAUCAAUCUUCACCAUUAAAUACCACUAAUUGGAAUAUUGAUAGUUUAACUGAUUUUUCACCGCUGGCGUCAUCUUCUAUUAAUCAGCCAAUAAAAUAUCCCAAUACUAAUGCACAAUUAACUGAUCGAUCAUCAGCAUCACAUCGUCAUCAACCAAAAAUAAUACGAGCUCAUUCAAGACCAUGUUCGUCAUCAAGCGAUGAUGCUUUAAUGUUUAGUCCAAGAAGUUCAAAUAUUCAAAGUAACAUGGAUGAUGAUCCAUAUAAUAUUCUAUUACGAAGAACAUAUCCUAAAAAUCAUCCAACACUACAAGCUACACCUUCGAAUUCAAAUUAUGCUUCAAAUGGAAUUCUACUAAGACCUAAACAACAGCAUCCAACAAAUAUUUUAGAAACAUCAUCGAAAGAUACAGAUAAAAAAAUCAAACGAUUUAGUUUAGAUCAACAUCAACCAGUCUCCAAUUUUCAAAAGCAAAUAUCAGAAUCUAAUAUCUAUCGUUCAUCAAUGGCUUUUACACCUAGUCAAAAGGCGAAUGUAUAUUCUUUUCAAACGAAUAAUAACAAAACUACAUCAUCAUAUCAGCGAACGCGAGAUGAGCCUAACCAUGAAUUACAAGAACAGCGAAAUACACCUCGUGAAACUAAGCGCGGUUUUUUUCGUAGUCGAACAUCUGAUUGCCAUUCGUCUGUAGAUACAACACUACUGCCACAACGUACAUUUACAAGACAAAGUCAACAUCAAAUAGUAUCGAAUUCAAUCAAUUGUACUGAUAAUAAUUCAACAGUUCCAACAACAUGUAAAACUAGCCGUAAUUUUGAACAACAAUUAAGUCCUAGACAUCCAUGGGAUGUCGAACAACGAAGGCCUGUGUAUGGAAGUGACAGUUUUUUAAUGAAUUCGAAUCAAUAUAAUUCAUCUGCUAAUCGACCAUUUGCUAUACAGUAUUCGUCUGCUACGAAUGAUUCUACGCCUAGAAAUAAAAUUAUCAUAGUUUCUGAACGAGAUGAAAUUCAAGAUCCAAUCAAAUCCGCUAGAUUAUCAUCAAAACAAAUCGUAGUUCCUCAUCCGAAAACACCCAUCGAUUCAAAUCGAAGACAAGAAUCGAAUAGCAACUUACUCGAUGUUUAUUCAUCUGCUCGAACAAUUCAAUCACACGCUGCCAAUACUAUAAUACCAUCAUCGCAUCAACCACAACAAUCAGUUCGACUGAUAAAUAUGAAAUCUCGCCAUCAUGAUAAUUCAAAAUGA